AUGUCCAAGAGGUUCUUUCCAAGCCUUACUAUCGUUCCAAGUGUAGAAGUGUUCGUUUGCGAGCGUGCAGCGAUGUGUUGCCAAAUUCUUAUUAGAAAGGUCCGAGAUCAAUCCGUGGCAGGAGUGAGAUUUCGCAUCCAAGGUGAGGAUCUUGGAGCAAUAGGACCCUCAUCUUCGCAGCCUGAAUGGAGGUCUCACCACGACAGCGACCGCUUGCGUAACUACACCACAUGCCAAGAUGUUCAAAUACGACUGUACAUAGAAACAAAAUAA